UUUUGUUUUGAUCAUUUUUCAAGUUCAAGAUGGCGGCGCCCGGGUUGGUGAGAGCCACCAUGGGACUUUUGAAUUCUCGUUUACCGGUGAUUGUGGUGUGCGGAGCAACUGGUACCGGAAAAUCGAAAUUAGCUUUAGAAUUAGCUGAGAAAUAUGGAGGUGAAAUCAUUAGCGCCGAUUCUAUGCAGAUUUAUCAAGGAUUGGACAUCAUCACCAAUAAAGUCACGUCAGAAGAGCGGCAACUCGUACCGCAUCAUCUCAUCGAUUGCGCAUCGCCUUUGACCCGGUGGACUGUCGUGGACUUUCAACGCAAAGCCUUGCCCAUUAUUGAUGGCCUGUUGCGAGACGGCCGAGUUCCAGUCAUCGUCGGCGGGACGCAUUACUACAUCGAGUCGUUACUAUGGAAAGUGUUGCUGGACGACGAUGGCGGUGAGCAGACGGCACGGCCGCUCCUCUACGAGCGGGACGAACAGCUGCGCCGCGAGCGUCCACUUUGCGCCGCCCAAAGUGACGAUGACGAGCAACUCUUGAAAUUGUUACGUUUCGAUGAUGGAUCGGACGGGCCGCAAUUGCAACACUUGACCAGCGGACGACUUCACCGGCUCUUGAACAAGGUCGAUCCCGUUAUGGCCGACGCCAUUCACCCGAACAAUCGGCGCAAAAUUGUCAGGUCACUUCAAGCGUGGCAACAGCACGGCCGACCCCAUAGCGAGUUGCUCCGAUCGCAACGGGACUCUGAGGGAGGCUCAACGCUGGGAGGUCCCCUCCGCUACGAUGCCGACCGAACGCUCAUCUUCUGGGUCCAAUGUCAACAGGAGGUGCUGGACCGUCGACUAGAUGCCCGCGUGGAUGACAUGAUGUCUCGCGGCCUUGUAGACGAAUUGGCUGAUUUCCAUCAACUCUACAACGCACGGCGCCUACAAGACCAGAUCAAAGAGCCGGAUUACACCAUCGGCAUUUUCCAGUCGAUCGGAUUCAAAGAGUUUCACGAGUACCUCGUGCUGCCAUCUAACGAGCGAACGGAAGACGUUGGAGGUCGUCUGCUCCAACAGGGCGUGGAAGCCCUGAAAAUAAGGACGCGGCGCUACGCCCGCAAACAGAUUAAAUGGAUUGUCAAGCGUUUCCUUCAACAACCCGAUCGCCAGGUAUUUCUAUUUUGUUUGCAUCCUAUUCAACAACAAUUGCAGGUGCCUCCAGUGUAUGGACUAGAUGCCACGGAUGUGACUGACUGGAACGAGAAAGUCAGGGAUGUCGCUUUUCGAAUAGUGGAUUCGUUCAGCUCCGGCGACAGUGGCAGCGAGGCUGCAGCCGAUGAGAUGCAGAAUGAACGCCCCAAGCCGUUGGCCGUCGCUGGAACGUCUUCGCGAGAAGAGCAAACAUCCUUUCACUGCCCGCUCUGCGAUAAGGUGACGGUCGGCCAGCGCCAGUGGCAAGAACACGUCCGCAGCAACCGACACCGCAAACUGGUCAAACGGGCAGCCGAUGGAGACGGCCUCGACCAGCCAAAUCCUAGACGACAUAAAAGAAGACCAGAUACAGAUGGAACAAAUGCCGGGUCGAAAACGUCUCUGACAUGCGAACAGCAGCAGCAGCAGCAGCUACCACUACAAAUAGAUCCUGCUACCCUUGUACAAGAGUAGCAGACAAGAAAACAAAAAUAUAGAUACCGUUAAGUCAAAGUCUUAAAAAAAAAAAAAGAGGCCGCGUUUAAUGAUCGCUUCCCCUUUUUCUUGCGUGUCUGUGAUCUCAUUUACCGUCUGACUGGCAAACGUUCGCACAAUAAAAAGUCGAACUAAUGAUAGUCAAUUGUGUUGGGAGCAUUUCGAAACGGAAUCGCGGUAAAAUAUAAGAGUCUACACAGACAAUGCAAUUCUAA